AUGGCCCAUGAAACACCAUGGUUGUGGGACGUAGGCGGCGACUUUGACGAGUUCUCAGACGAAGAUGACCUUCACCUGGACCUGAACACUGAUCUUAUUGGCGUCAAACGUGCCACUAAGGAUCUCAACAUUGUGAACUCUUACAGACCAAAGUGGACAUGCAUCGAAGCCUUCCGCGAGUCCUAUCAAAACUGCGAGAACGGACAAGAAAUCAUCAUCGAGGCGCGCCAUCCAGAUAACGAAAAGCUUCUUGGCUACAUUCACUUCAAAGGUGAUAAGGAUGGAAACUGCGUGGGAGGUUUGAAGGUAGUCAACUUCGAAGCCACCCUUAGAUUUUCUGACUUGGGCACGGGAUCGACUUCCAAAGCCCGCGACCCUAGACCGACCGGACAACAUGGCGAUGGCAUGAAGAUUUCGUCUCUCGUCUACCGACGCAAUGGCUAUAAUCUUCGCUACGAAAGCGAUGGGUUUGCCUGGAGAUACAUCUACAAGAAAGGUGGCUUAGCCUGCUCUCUCAGUCGGAUUAACGAGAAGAACCUGAAAAAGAUCAAGGAGAAGGACAAAGGCAAACCCAGGACUCAUAGUCAUCACGCCUGGGAGGAUGUUUGCUUGGUCAUUGCC